UAUUGUGCGUAGUGGGUUGAGGUGUGUGUGUGUGUUCUCUCUCUCUCCAUCUCUCCUUUUUUUAGAAAUUCGCCGGGGAUUAGAUCGCGUGUUCUUUUUUUUCACCCCCCCUAAACUACGCUCCUCCGGCGGAUAUACGCCAAACAGACCGUAAAAGCAGCUAGCCCAUCACAAUGUCCUCAAUACCUCCCGAACCCACCAAAGCUGAGAUUGAUCAGCUCCGGUCUGCCGCUCUGGAGAAGGUGGAAACGGAAGGGGGCAACUUCGACCCCAUAGACGUAAAGAGGAUCAAGACAGACGACAAGUAUAUCCGCCGCUUCCUGAUGCACCACGACAAUGACCAGAAAUUGUCACUGGAAAUGGUCAUGGACACACUCAAGUGGAGGCAGGAGAUGCAAUGCAAUACCAUCGUAAAAGAGAGCAUACAAGCAGACUUCUUCGACAAAGGGGCAAUGUACAUACACAACAGAGACAAGGAUGGUUGCAAGAUGCUGGUGUUUGCCGUGCGUUUCCAUCAGAAGGGAGUCUUAGACAUGGACCAACUGAAGAAAUUUUUGAUUUAUUGGCUGGAGAGAUUAGAGAGGGAAGAGGGAGGAGAAUGGAUAACGGUGUUCUUCGACAUGUGUGACACGGGGAUGAAGAACAUGGACAUGGAGUUUAUCCAGUACAUGAUCAACCUGUUCAAGAAUUAUUACCCGUGGUUCCUUAACUAUAUCAUUGUGUUUGAAAUGCCGUGGCUGCUAAGUGCUAUGUGGAAGAUUAUCAAAACAUGGCUGCCCCCAAAGUCAAUAGAGAAAAUCAAAUUUGUCGAUAAGAAGUCUCUGAAAGAGUUUGUGGAGCCUGACCAAGCCCUGGUCAGCUGGGGAGGCACUGACAAUUACGAGUACCAAUUUGAGCCCGAGGCAGCCAAUGCCUUCGUGCCAGUUGCCAACGGAGACAUAGAGGCACGGAAGGUCCACUUUGCCGAGGGCAGUGCUCAGCCGCCUGCGUCACCUCUUAGGGGCAAACCACAAAUUAGGCGCACAAUAUCAGCUAAUGGAAAGGCCAUCAUAGAUAUCGACCCAAGCGAAGAGUUGCUGUUCAGCAACUGCCGAAUUGGUGCUUCAACAAAUAUUUUACUGACUAACCCAACAGACAGCCCUGUGGCCUUCAAGAUCAAGACAACCUCACCAGAGAAGUAUCGCGUACGUCCAUCCGUUGGUGUCCUAGAAGGGGGAGCUCAGCUGGACAUCAGUGUGACCGUGAGUGAGCAGCUUGCCCCGGCUGCACUGGUCAGGGAUAAGUUCCUUGUUAUGGGAGCUCCAACUACAAUACCGGAUAUGAAUUCUCAGGAAGUUUCACAGUUGUUCAAGAACAUCAGCAAGGAUGAUCUUUUUGAAACACGCUUACGAGUUGGAGUCUCUGCUGUCGACUCAAGUCAUGAUUCAUCUUUAGCUGGUGGACAGUCAGCUCCUGUUACAUCAUCUGAACUUAUUUCAAAGAUUGACCAGUUACUCCUCCGCCAGUCAGCGGUGGAAGAGCAACUCCGAGCUGCAAAGAAGCUCGUGUUCAUCAUGCUUUUGGCCAUGAUUGUUGUGCUUAUAUUCCUCAUCACAAUCACGAACAACAACCUCCACGCAUAUACUGCAGCAAUGCAGAGUGCCAAUACUAUCAUCAGCCAAGCUAGUCAUGGGGAACAUCACAGCCAUGUGGAGCUAUAGCGCUUCAGUGCUCUGUAAUUGUCAGCUGUCAGAAGCUCAUUGGAGAAAGACUUUGGUCACUGUAGGCUUUUAAAGAGAGGCUUGAUGUAUGAGUGUAGAGUCACCCUAGAGGUGGUAUUGAAUGGGGGGAGGGGGAAAGGGGGCAGAUGACUUUGCAGUCAUUUUGCACAAGAAGUUUGUCACGAUUGUGAGUGUUGUAGAGAGUGCUAUUAUAGUCUAGGAAGUUGUAAAUAGAUAAUGAAUACCUUAACUAGAGGCUUUUUAUAUGUUUAAUGGCAUUUAAGAGGACUUAAGUGUACUUGGCCAAUCAUUAAUUGAUGUGAAAAAAAAAUGUGAUAACUUAUCAUGAUAAGCACAGUGUAGGUAGAAGUUUCAUAGUAAAAAUGUCCUUUUCUGAAUAUGAAUUAAAUUAGUCUGUUUGAUAUAAUGUACUGCUGGAAUGAUGUCAUUCAUAUGCAAGUAAAAACAAAUGUCUAAAUAUGCAUUAUGGAUUACUUAAUGAUAUAAAAAACAACUUCAUAUAUGUAGAUGUAGGUUUGUGAAUCUUUUGUGAUGAGUAUGAGGUGAACUUUGCAUGUGUUAGCUUAAAAAGAACAAUACAAAAAAUAAAACAAAAAAAACUGAUGUAUAUUUACAUCAUGAAACUUAUUUUUGAGUGGCUUUACAAAAUUGAUCAUGACACAUAAGCAGUAACCAUUCACAGAUGUAAUCACAUUGUGCCAUAUACAUAUCAGCAGGUUAGAUGAGCCACACUUAUUUUUAGGAUGGAGCAGAUGUGAUUCUUGAAAGAAAAAAGGGAAAGUAUUGAUGACUAAAAGGAUGCAAUAUGACUGAUAUUGUUUUUUUAUAUUGACUUCAGUUAUAUAUUUUCAAUGCUUACUAUUCAGUUGUAAUUGUUUUGGAUUCAGGAAUAUUUUCUUAUCUCUUUUUACAAUCUUAUUUUAUGUUUAGAUAUCAUACAGCCAUACACUUUUUACACAAGCUGUAUUUAGUGAAUGUUUACUGCCCCAUGAACAAUAUACUAAUUUAUAGAUGAGUGAUAGAAAUGGUUUUCAUGUGCUGUUAUUUAUUAUAUUAUGUCUAAGCUUUCUUUUUCUCCAAACUGUAAUUAUGAAUGUGUCUGUAUGCAAGCUUCUUUUGUUAUGAUUUAUAAACAGGUCACAACAUCAACUGCAGAGGAAGUGAAAAGGUUGAAGCUCUUUGAUGUGUUAUGAUUUGCUUAUGCUCAUUCCCUUUUCAGUUAUUAAUGCAUUAUUUUCUUGUUUAUUUUUGGAAAAGUUUCUUCUUAGAUUUUUGGUCUACAUUGAUUAUUAUCAUUAUUAUUCCCCCCUGUGUUGAUUGAUAAUAGACUAUUGAGGAGGAGAAGGAAAUACAAACCCAGUUCUUGGGAUGCAUAAGGGUUAGCUUCCCCUAGAUAUUUUCAUGCUUCCACACAUUUAUAUAUAAAUAUAUGUAAUUGAUGAUGAUGCAACAAGGAGUGCAUCUUUGUACAAACAAUUUUCUAUUUGUGUAGUGGCUACUAAAUAACUCCUAUAAGCCUUCUAUGUAAAUUCAAAGGUUAUUUUUUAAGUUCGUAAAGUCUCUUAGUCAGUUGAAUCAUGGCAUGAAAGUUUGGUACAUUCAGAUCUCACAGACAAGAGAAAGAAAAUGGCUUUAUUUCUAUUAUGAUUAUGAUUAUGUUUGUUUUACCUCUUUUGGGAUUAAGUAAUUAUUUUGAUUAUGUUGAAUAUAUGUACUUAUUUGUUAAAACUUGAAGUUUACACUGCCAAAAGAUACAAGCACAAUCUGAGGAAAACCCUUGAAUUUUUCCUUGGCAGAGAGUUUUUGUAGCAAAAGCACACCCCAGUUAUAUAUUAUAACAGAACAGUACUCACAUCCUAAAUGAGUAUCAUUCCAGUAACAUAAGUCCAUCUACCCUACAGAUUUCCAUCGUGUUUUGAAUUCCACGAAGGGUUAUGGAAACUAAAUGAUUUGAAAUUAUUUUCAUGCCUUCGUACUUUAUUUUCAUUGUUCACUGUAUUUUUCUAUUUUUCCUAAAUAAAUGUUGUUAUAACAGAGUACAGAUAGUAUUUACUAUGGACAAGGUUCUGAAUUAUUAGUUACGGUUGCAAAAUAGGGGAUAACAUUGCAAGAACUGCAUUUUAAUAACUGAUGUAUUUCAGCAAAUGAAGUAUACUGAAGACUGGGAACAUUUAGUUAGAUCAUUAUAGGUAAUGUCUGAGAUGUCAAGGUCAGCUUGGAGAAGUUGGUUAUGAUUAACCGUGAAAUUACAGAAAGGGAGAUAUUAUUCUCCUUUAAAACUUUAUAAAAGUUUUUUUAUUAUACUGGUUAUGUAUACUCAAAGUAUAUUCCUCUUUCUUCUUUUUUUUUCUAUAAUUUGUCAUGAAUAGUGUGUUUUACUUGUGAUUGAAUGUUGACAUUAUAUUAAGUGUAAUUCUUUCAGUUAGCACAAUAUUAACGUUCUAGUACACUUGCAUCAUUCUUUUUGCCAAAUAGUAUAACAGUGAGGAGUUUUGUAUGAAACAUCAGGUAAUUCAUAAAAUUCUUUUAUGGAAUUAUUUAUAUUAUGUAAACUAGUGAAGAAAUAAAAAUGAAAUGCAAGAAGUAAUAGUUGUGGGUUUAAGACUUCUAUUUUUUUAGAAAAAAUGUUACUAGUAUGAAGAAUCCUGUGGUGUCAAAAAAGCCAGUAAUGAUAUACAGUGAUAUCUGAUGCCUAGGUCAGUUUGAUAGUCUUUAACUAAUUACCACAGUUAGAAAGGCAAAAGAUAUUAUUUUCUACAGUCCAUGUGCAUGCAACUCGAUAACAUGAGAAUUAUACUGUUUCAUAAGCUAAGAUUUCUUUUGGGCAUCAAAUAGGAUUAUUGACAAAACUUGAACUCACAGCUGCCAGCACCCUAUGCAGUGGAAUGUUUUAGUUCCUAUAAAGUAUUAUAUAUUUUACGUUGUGGCAGACAAAGAGUUUGUAUGAGAAUGUAUUAUGCUGAUCAAGGAAGUGUCUUUAAAUGUUAAAGGCUGUAAGCAUUGCUAAACUUUCUCUUUGUAGUGUUGUAGAAGACUUUGUAUCUUAGAUUUUUCACUCCCUCUCAGAAAAAAAAAGAGCUAUUGCUGAAAAGCUCAUUUUAAUUUAUCCGAUUGGAUAAUAGUUUUGAAGUUUCUGUGAGGGUGAGACUGUUCUUUUUUUUUCAGUUGGCUACUAAUGACAUAUGAUGUAGAUUUUGGAUUUGAGUGUUUAUGCAACUGUUCAGCUGUGAUUGUAGUAGGUCUAGUUCCAUUGUUCAGAGCAGUGCCAUGAUCAUUUGCGCAUUAUAUGAGUAACUUUGAUGUAACACUUUUCUGUGUAAACAUAUUUUUUUUGUUGUAUCCUUAUACUAGUUUCAAUGAAAUGUAAUUCUUUGGCCCCCAGCUGGAAUAUAUUUUUUACUUUUUUAUUUUUUAUUUUAUUUAUUUUUUUUUAUUAUUAUUAUUUUUUUUUGUAUAGUGCUAUGUGGAAUUUUGAAUUUGCAUAUUAUUUUGUUCUUUUAAUUCACAAUUGUUCUUUUUCUUUUCCUUCUAAUCAUUGUUCUACUUUUCUUCCUUUUGUUAGUACUCCAUUUCCCAGCUCUUUAUCAUCAUCAUUUUCAUUAUCAUAUAAAAGAUUAACAUUAUUUGGUACUUUUUUUUUAUGUUUCAUUAGAAAGAUGUUUGAUUAGCAUGAAAAAAUAUAUAUAAAAAAUUCCACAAAUAAAUGUUUUUGCCGGAAACAAAAUAUAUAUAUAAAAAAAAAUCCACAAAUAAAUGUUUUUGCCGGAAACAAAAUAUACAUAUAUAAAAAAAAUCCACAAAUAAAUGUUUUUGCCGGAAACAUUAUCCACCCUCUCGUCUAGACCAAAGAUCACAUGCACACUGUGUACCCUGAAGGAGACCUUUCCCCACUAGCAAUGAUUAUGAACAAAGACGAGCUCCUAUGGCGUUGCGGAAGGUCAUGGGGUCAUGGGCUAUGUUGGUAACAUAUUUAUAUUUUGACAUUUUUGUAUAUUUUCCUUACACAGUGUAGUCACAUGCAUUAACAAGUGCAUGCAAAGCUCCAGUUUGAAGUUCAAGAAAAGAUUGAGCUAGUCAUGCUUAGUUCCAGUAUGUGUAGUUUGGAGAUGUAUUGUUUCAGUAUUGUAUCCUCACACUAGCCAUGGUACAAAUGUAGGGCCACAUUAUUCAGGUAAUUUUGGUAUAGAUUAUUUUUUUGCUUUCAUCGAUGACUUCUUUUUCACUGCAUAAAAAGUACUUUUAAGGUAUUUUUCUUCACAGAAAUUGAUGUUUUUGGGGAGCUGAUGUCAUUUAUUUUGAUUUUCAAAAAUGUUAGAUAAUAUUUAGCUCAUAUGCAAAAAUAAAAUGUGAAUGGAUAAAA